AUGUGGAUCCAACGGUUCGGUGGCGGCUCGCUUGCGCACAUCUUUCACGGCUGCCACGCCUCUCGCUCUGCGUCGCUUUUGUGCCUCCACUCCACCCAAGUAAAGGCACUCGCUGCCUGUUCUCCUUAUCAGCGGCGGAGGCACCAGUAUCAGUAUCAGCACCACGAGGGAAACAAAACAGAUGGGCCCUCGUGCGCCGAUGAGUCGAAUGGCGAAAGCACACCGGCGGGAAACUGGCGGUGUCCAGCCUCCACAUAUGCCGGGGUCCGUGUGAAAUCGCACAUUUUGUCCCCCGUAUUUGAGGAGCAUCAUUCUCUGUGGCAGUGGCGGACAGUGGUAUGGCGAGAAACGUUUCACGCAGUGCCUUUUCUUCUUCACUGUGCUCCUGGGGUGCUCUUGCAGCAUCCAUUUAUUCAUCACACACUCGUUGAGAGUAUCACCACCAAGUCAGGUGUCAAAGGCCAUCUGAGAGCAACUGAGCCCUCAACAACGGAGUCUGGGGAUGAUGUUAAGCGGCGAUGUGCGCAGCUGGUGGUUCCAUCACCGAUUGGAAUGCUGGCCGCAACAGAUUCAGGGGCUUCGGCCUGUCACCCUCUCGCUGAGUGGGCUGAUGAGCUAUUUUUUUUUUGGAACGGGGCGCGGCGCGGACGGCGGAGGCGUCAGGCUUUUCCUCCCCCGUGUAUAAGGAUGUCUUCAAGAGCAGCGACGCGAAAGUUACUCUCCCGCGGGGACCAAACGCCCGGAUGA